UUUAAAAUUUUAAAGUGAAUAAGAAUAUAGGGGGAAAAAGUGCAGCAGAAAUUGAGGUUUACAAUACACUGCCAUAUGUCGCCAGUUUAAUCAAUGGAACAGCGAAACUUCUGUGACUUAAGAAACGCGUGUGAUUAGUCUCAAUAUACGUGGAUCAAAUCCAUAUACACACCAGUCUCCGUGUAAGUACAGUAGUUUCUUUUUUACACGACUUCUUUCUCUCAAUAACACAUUUGAAACAUUUUCUUGUGUUCAACUAGAGGCAUAUAUGUGGUUUGAAAUAUCUUCUUAGGUUUCUGGCACUUGUUUCUGCUACCAUGAAGUCUUGGAUUAAAGUUUAUUUACUGUUGGAAAUGGUCAUGUCUAUAGUGGAAGCGAAAAUCGGUUUUGUAAAAGAUCAAUCAAUGGAUGCUCAGUUUCCAGGUCCAGUUUAUCGUCAAACCCCAUCUUUACCUGAGGGUCAUCUAAGGCCACUAGGGUGGCAAAGAAGACCAGACGGACCAGUGCAUGAAGAAUCUGAAAUGCCGAGUACAAAAGAGUUUUAUGAAAGCUACGUGAGUGCGAAUAAACCUGCUGUGUUUAGGAAUGCCGUGAGUGAUGCCCCAGUGUUUACCCAAUGGCAGGAUGACAAAUAUCUAACAGAGAAAUAUGCCAAUGUGAAUGUUUCCGUCCAUGCACAAACUGUCAGAAAAAGAGAAAAAAUUGAAACAACACAACAAGUGAUGAAGCUGAAAAAGUUUCUCUAUGACUAUAUGUAUGAAGAAUGGUAUUUGUCAACGGUCAUACCAAGAGAAAUGAUGCAAGAAUUACCGCUUCCCAAAUGUGUUCGUUGUGGUACUAUAGCUGAACGACUGAUCUCUGCACAACUGUGGAUGUCAAGUGGUGGUACCUCCAGUAGAAUUCACAGCCACGAGGAGCACCUGGUACAUUGUGUUUUAUUUGGCAGACGAGAUUUUAUCCUCAUCGAAGGAUGGCACAAGAAACAUUUGGAAUUCGAAGAUGAUUACCCUGGAUCAAUGGGAGGUCAUUCCGACAUCAAUACUGAAAUCAUCAAUACAUUCAAACUGAAAACAAUCGGACGAGUUCCCUGGACCUGGGCUACCUUAUAUCCUGGGGAUUGUAUAUUUGUGCCAGCAGGCUAUAUACACCAAGUGCGAUCUCAUGGAAGAAGCAUAUCUUUAACCAUUGAGUUUUCUACACUAAAAGCUUUCGAUGACACUGGCUGUACCCUAAUUGAAGAAGAUUUUGUUCCUUUGUCGGAUGCUGAUUUUCUUCUAUCUUAUGAAAACGGCAAACUUAGACUUAGUCAAACUCAAUGGGAUGCAGCGUCAGUCAAAGAGCUUCUAUUGAUUUUGAUGGGAUCCUCAGAUGUACUCACAGUGGAUAAAUUUGCACACUUUUAUAAUCAAGUUUUUGGACAGAUGGAUGACAUUCCUGAUGCUAGAAGAAUGUUUGAUAUGCUGACAUCCGGUGAGGAGGAAUCUCAGUUGACAUUAAGAGACAUACAGAAUCUACCAGCUACAACUCUAGACAAAGUGGUCUUUUUUCUAAAUGAUAUUUAUAAAGAUGUAGAAAACUAUUGGGAAAGUGAAACAGUGAAUCAUCUACAUGAAGAGUUCUAACUGAAUAUUUCUGUAUCAAUUUUCUCGGUUUUAGUUAGUAUGUAAGAAACCGUAUGGUUGAAAUACACUUUUAUAAAAGAAUGUUUGCUUCAAUAGUAUCAUUGCGUAUCAUUAGUGUAGAGUGCAGAGUUUAGUUUAGAAAACAUCAAACAUUGAAAAUCAUUUAUUGUGUUUCUCACUUCUAUGAUUAGAAUGAUAUUUACAAAUGUUUACAAAUUAAAAUACAUUUUGUAUCAAAGAA